CCGGGAAGCAGCUAACGUUAAUAAAUGCCGUCUUAUCUGAGCGAAAGAGUAAAAACAUAGAAGGAGGAAGCCACGUGUUCUCCCCGUUUGUUAAGCGGAACACAGAAGAAGAUUUGCUUUGGGUUCCCGAUGACAUUCGGUAAAGUGUGAGGAAAUUCCGUUUGAUUGGGGGGCAUUGGCGGAACACUUGUGUCUUGGUCAAGGGCUUCCGCCUCCGCCAUAGCGGGAAGUUGAAAAACAUAAGUAUUUGGAACGCACUUGUAGGUAUGCCCAGCAAAUGUUUGGAUCCCAUCAUUUUCGCUCUUCGCUUCGAUCUGACGAGGGAGAAAUAUGGCCGCUCGCUUACACAGGUUCGAGUCUCGGAAUUUUAAGUAAUUGAAAGAGGAAAAGGGCUUUCAGAGUAGAAGAUCUUGUUUCCAUGCUCGAGGAAGUCUUGUGAAGGGUUUGGAUAAUGAUAUCGGGUAGGAGCGUGGGUUAGACAGUAAAAGUUUGGAAGGAAGGGUGCGCCUGUACGUGAUUUUAUACCAUGGAGGAGAUGAGUGGUGAUCCAGUUUGCAGUGAGAGUGAGAAAGUUUUUGAAGAACAGGAUGGGUUGCCGAAGUUCUCUGCUGAGCGAGUCGGUGAAGUUGCAGAGAACAACGAGAGUGAUGGAAAUGAAACUAUUGAUGCAAGGUGUUCCAUCGGUUCAGAAUUAGAGGUUAAGAUGGAGCAGGGCGAUACGGAGGCAGACGUCUCAAAGGAAGGCUUGGUUUCAGGUAUCAAAGAUGAUAGUUCUGUUAGUGAUGGAGGAAAUGUUAGCAGGGAGGGAGACCGAUUCCAGGAGCAAGAGAUGGCAGAAGGUCUUAAUGAUGUUUUGAAUUUGUGCUUAAACAUGACAGUGAAUACUCAAGGGCUAGAAUUGGGAGGUAAUCUUUACGUUAGUGACACAUUGCCACAGUCCUGUUAUGCAGUUAACGACAACAAUAUACAAGAUGAUGCUCUGAUUGGAAAUGCAAGCAGGGAAGGCUAUGCUAUACCCAAUGAAUCAGUAAACGCAGAUGCUGAGAUUCAGAAGUUGGUAGUCCAGGAGGAAACAGAAAUAGAGGUGACCACAGUUCAAGAUGGUCAUAUGUUGGUUAAUGGAUCAAACAGGAAAAAUGAGGAAGAUGAAUCUGAAGAUGUCCCAUCUUUGGAACAUCCGGAAAACAAUUUUCUGCAAAAAAGUGCCAGAGGGUCUGAUGCACCGGAAGAAAUAACGCUACUUCAGGAGGGGGUUUCAGUCACUGGGGAGGUGAGUGGUCUCAAUUUUUUUGCAGAAUCAGUUGCUGUUGGGUUGGGGGAGAGAGAUGUACAUGACUAUAGUGAUGGACAAGGCAUUGAAGAACAAGCUAGAACAGGAGUUGAAGAUAUGGAAACCAAGUCAGAAGUUCGAGACGGAGACUAUAGUCGAGUUGGACUUGGAGAUGGAUGUACUAUAAAUGCCCCCAAGGCUUCUGUGGAGCAACACUGUGAUGAUGUUACUUCUGCAAAAGAACACCAUUCAGUAGCAGACAGUUUAGUUGUGGCACCUCAUAUUGUACAUUCAGCCAAUGAACGAGCAGAAAAGAGCAGUGGAGAUGCAGUGUUCGACGUAAACGAAAUUCCCAAUGACAUCUCAAAUCCACUGGUAAGAGAAGAUGAGACUUGCAAGCGUGAUGACCCAGUAGUGGAAAAUUCAAGUUCACUUGAAGAUCUACCAAAGGGACACUGUUUAGAUGCAUUUCGUCUAUCAGAGGAUGCAAAAAAGGAAGAGCAUGUUAAAGGGAAUCUACAGGCUGAUCACAAUGAAGAACCUUUAGUAGAUGUGUUUUCUGCGACAAGUUUAGAUGCAACAAUGCAGUUAAGAGAUAAAGUUUUGACCUCUUUUGCAGACAAAAGAACUUAUAUGGAAGUUAAGAUUGUUCAGGAUGAAGAAGACAUUCCAUUAAGGGACCUGAUACAAACCAAAGGGAGAAAAUGUGAAAGAUCUAUGCCUGCUGUUGGUUUCAUUUCUGAGACUGAAAAUAUAGAAUUUACAAAUUCUGAGGCAUCUGUAUCUAGGAAAGCAGAUAUGGAUCCUAACACUAUUGAGCAUGCCAAAUUACAGAAACAAUUGACAGAUGCAGCUGCGUCCAAUCACAACUUCAAAACAAAGGCGUUUGAAGCUACUUCUGCCGGUACUAGGAAGUUCCUUGAACUGCUUGAAGAAGAGGAGAAGAAUAUGCAGAGUCGGUUGUCGAUUUCACCUUCAUCACAGCAUACCAGAAAAUUUCGCCACAAAAGGUCCUCUGCUGAAAAAUCAAAUAGUGACAAGAUUAGUCUUCGUUAUUGUCUUCCAGAACACAAAUUUUCUGUUGGGGACUUGGUCUGGGGCAAAGUCCGGAGUCAUCCCUGGUGGCCUGGGCAGAUUUUUGAUCCCUCAGAUGCAUCAGAAAGUGCCAGCAAACUUUUCCAAAGGUUUCGAAAGGACCGCUUGUUAGUGGCAUUUUUUGGUGAUGCCACCUUUAAUGUGUGUGAUGAAUCUCAAUUGAUGCCUUUUCAAUCUAAUUUCUCUGAGAUGGCAAAACAGACGACUGCCAAGGCAUUUCAAAAUGCAGUAAUGAAUGCAUUGGAUGAACUUGCUAGGCGGGUGGAAUUGGGUUUAACUUGUUCUUGUCAGGUUGAAGAAACUCGUCACAUACUUGAGACCAAAGCAAUGGAUAAUUUUGGAAUACGCCAAGGUGCAGUUGUCAAUGAUCAUAAAGACAUUUUGCAGGCUGCCAAUACAUUUGAUCCCUUAAAGUUUCUCUCUGCUAUCCAAGCUUUUGCUAGAUUUCCUCAUAUGGAACGUGACCUGGAAAUCACUGUAGCUUGCGCUCAAGCAUCUGCAUUCCUUACUUUUAAAGGGCUUGUGUUUUCUGGUAAGAUUUCAUUGGGGACUUCAGAUAAUCAAAUGGUUUCCAUAGAAAAGCAAGGUUCUGCAGGGUUAGGUCCCUCUUCACAAACUCGUCAUAUCUCUUCAGGGAAGCAUAAGCGCAAAGCAGAGGAAAAACAUCCAAGGAGGACAAAAAAGAGGAAAAUUAAUGAUUUGAUUGCAGAAUGUGAACCAUCACAUGAAGCAGAAGAUGACUUGAAUGCUGAUGAUUUAACACUACUUGAAAUUGCAGGAAGGAUUAAAAAAAGAAAGCUCAAAGACUUGAUUGCAGAGCAUGAACCAUCAAAGGAAGAAGCAGAAGAGGACAUAAAUGACUGCGAUGAAAAACUGCUCGACUUUGCAGGUGCAGGUUCUUAUGUGAAGUUUUCAAAAGGAAUUCGAGCAAACCGUCAGAAAUGCCAGGAAAGUGACCCGACUUCAACAAAGUCAGGAGAAGAUGCAAAAAUGACAAGCAUCAUGAUCGAUAAAGCUAAAUUAUUGGUCUCACACAUUUUAAAUAAUGAUUCUAAGGACCUAAAAGCAAACAAAGAAUUUAACUCUAUAUCUCCUGGAUUUGGUCCAGGUGUAAAAAGGACUUUCAAGUCUUUUAAGUCUGGAGAAUCCAUUAGAAAUGUUGCAAGUGACGUGGCAUCCAUUCCUACAGAUUCAAAGAGCAGCAGUGCAGCAAAUGGCCAGAAACAUUUUGAACAUGAUAGCAAGUCACCUAAGAAAGCCAAUAUGAAUAUUAGUAGUUCAUGGUCCACUCAAAAAGGAACUACCAGCACCAUGGAAGAGAGUACUUCUACACAUGAACUGUUGUCUAAACUUUUAAUAGUUGCUCGGGAUCCUUUAUUUUGGGUAAAGAAGAAAAAGAUGCCUUCCGGUUUAAUAAAUUCUUUCUUGCAGUUUAGAAAUGCUGUAUUCGAGAAAAGUUCUACAAACUCAGAUGUGGCCAAGGCUUCUGUGCUUAAUUCUGUGAAUGAAUCCAAUGAACAAAAGCCUCUUAAAUCUUCCAGCAAAUUUCCUGGUUCCUCUUGUACUGCAGAUUCCAAAGAUGUAAAUUGGACUGACAAAAAAUCAUCUUUGAGGUCAACGAGUCGUGUGGGGCAGGCAAAGUUGAACAGAAAAGCUGAUUUUUCUAUUAAAGGUUCUCGAAAGAGGACAAAGCGCACUGUCAGAUUACCUAGCCCACCAUGGUCAAGCAAGGGUUUAAAAAAUGAACCCCAAGAUAAGACAGGUGAUCGCUAUGGGAAACGCUAUUCAAGGAGGUUAUCUGUGGGAUCUUUGACUGGUUGUUCCACUGGCAAUAAUUCUGACCAAAAACCUGCAGCUCUUUUUAUGAGAUUUCCCAAGGGCUUUGCAUUGCCUUCAGAAAUAGAAUUGAAAGCAAAAUUUGCCCGUUUUGGCCCUCUAGAGAUAUCUGAAACUAAGGUAUUUAGACGUUCUGGCUGUGCUCAGGUUGUAUAUAAAACAUCAUCUGCUGCAGAAGCAGCAUUCAACUUUGUAUCAGAAAAUAAAGUUUUUGGAUCUGGAAGAGUUAGCUUUAGGCUUAGAUAUUUUUCCUCUGGAACACGGGCAGAUGCAAUUGAGAAGAAAGAUCAUGGGGAACAGAGAAGUAUUCAACAGGAUGGUGCACAAUGCCCUUCAUCGAAGGAUACAUUAAGAGAUGCAGAUGGGCGUCAAGCUACCAUACCGCAGCCCUCAGAUUCACUCAUGCUAUCUACAGAGAGACUGAGCACAUGUAGACCAAACACAUCUGGGGAACCUCAACUUUUGCUGAUUCAACAGAAUUUGGAAAUGCUGACUUCUAUGCUUUCUCGCACAGAUUGUACAUCAACAUCAGUCACUGCAACAUCAGACAACAUGACACCAGACUCCAAACGAGACAUAAUGGAUGAAAUGAUGUCUCUCCUACAAAAAGUCAGUGCACUUGUUGCCUCUCCUCCCUAGGAGCAUUUGAAUAGUAACAGACAAUUUCAAGAUCAUAAGAAUCGAUUAGUGUAUUUUUGUUGUUUGUAUAUGUAGAUCUGUUAUCAGUGGAGAAUUGAUAGAGGUAUGCCAAAUAUCUUGAAUUUAGUCUCUGAUUUUUGUCUAUAGAACGCAUAUGCCUCUUUUUUUUGGGCAACUUUACUAGACUGCUACAAAUGAUGUAUUAUGUUGGUAGUGAGUAAUCAUAUUAGAGAUUGAUUACAAUCUGGAGUCUGGACGAUAGCUGGAAGAUUUCAAACUUCAUCCAUGUGAGCAUGCUCUGAUUAUUUUUUCUUUUUCUAAUUCCAAUUUGAACAUAUGAUAUCCUUUC